UACAGAUACGACGGCGAGGUUGGGGCAACCUGACACACAUGAGCAUUAAUAGCCAUGUUUACCUGUACUAGUUGAGAGCCAAGGUUGAAGUCAUUCAUGUGUGAAAAAUGUUGUCGAGGCAUCUGUACAUCUUCUUUGUCGAAUUGCAUUAUUAAAGUACAUCAAGAUGAGACAUCAUAUACAUUCAUAUAUAUUUGUUGAGCACGAAACCUUGAAGUGUAGCCAGGACAUCUCCAAGAAACUAAGGGCGGCCAUGUAGCCUCAAUAUCUUAUAAAUUAUAUCACUGAACAUAGGUCAAGGUGUAUUCAGUAAACAAAGAUCUGAAGGGCUGUAUUUCCUUCAUCGGACACACUAUGCGUUCAUCACAGUCUGGACGGAUUACGGAUACGAACGAACUAGCACUUGUUUGGCCGACAACAUGGCGGCGGCUAGUGCCACUGCAGGCAACAACUACCAGUCAUCGACUGGUUUGUAUAUCGUAACCUUUGUUGGUGACGUCACAAAGGCACAAGCAGAUGGCAUUGUUGUCAGCGAGGGGAAAUCAUUUCGGGGAAUGGGAUAUGUUGCAACAACUCUUGUUAGUAUGGACUCAGAGUUCGAAACAAAUCGCAACAAGCUGAUUCAGAGAGAAAAAGCCAAUUUCACACCAUGGAGGGUGUACACAACUGGGAGUUGCGCCAAGUUCCUAUCGGUGUUUCAUGCCAUUGUCACACCCCCGGGAGAAAAACAACCAAUCCAGGAGUGGAAGGGGAAAAUGACCUCAUUAUACAAGAAAAUACUCCAAGAAGCUGAGAAUGAGGGUAUCCAUAUCCUGGCGGUACCUUUACUAGGUUCUGGUAAAGGCAAGGUAAAACCAGAAGAAGCUGUUGAGGUGGCAGUCCAUGCUAUGUUCUCUUAUAAGAGAAAGUCUCUCGUCAAGGUAAUGCUCGUAUCAGACAGUAAGGACAUUGUGGACCAUCUGGCUACUCAGUGUGCCUACAACAGCAGUGUGAAAGGUGGAAAACCCCUAUUGUCAAACACUAAAACAGGUCGCCAGCUUCCUCGACCCUCAUCUUCAAACGCGAAAUCAAAAUCAAGACUUGGUGGAGGGACCGAUAGGAGUUGUUCAAGCCUGAAGAGACAGAAUGGAGACAGAUCAGAUUCCAGCAGAAAUAGCGAUAACAAUGGCACAUGUGGCGGUGGAAUGGUACUCCGUAGUGGACAACAACUACCGCCACGCCCACAAAGUAAGGGACAGCCAUCAUGUCCCAAAGGAAAUGGUAAAGGAAAGAUAACUACCACGAAAAGUAAUCCAUCAUCUGGCUGUAGACCCGCCUCAAGAACAAGCCACAGUGGCAGUGGGAACAGUCAUGUCGAAAGUGAGUAUAGUCACAGAGAGAGAAGAACAUUGUAUGACCAGGGUGACGCCCAGGAGGUGGAACAUGAUCUGAAGACGAGACCAGAGAGAACACGGGGUGGUAGGAACCAUCAUGUCGGAAGGGGGAACAGUUACAGUGGAAGUGGGUACCGUCAUAGUGGGAGAAGCACGUGGUAUGACCAGGGUGACGCCCAGGAGGAGGAACAUGAUCUGAAGACGAGACCAGAGAGAACACGGAACAGUGAACUGAAGAGGGCCAAUGGGCAAGCUGGUAAGGCGUAUUACGAGACUAAAAUGGGUGAACAUGAUGAACCAAAAGCACUGCAACACCGCUGUGAUAUCAGUGGCGGGGCCAUACCAAAGAUAAAAAACAAGGCACAAUAUAAUGAGGAUGAUGAUGAGAAUGUGGUGAAACAAAAGGGACUUGCUCCUCAAAGACGUAAUUAUAAAGAGGAAGAUGAUGAUGACAUUAAUAAUGAUGAUGAUGGGGAGGAGGACGAAAGUGUGACCCAUCGUGGUGAUGACGACGAUUAUAAUGGUGGCGGCGGUGCUGCUGCUGACGAUGAUGAUGCAAAGACAAUUAAACGUUUGGAACAUCCACUGAUGAUGAGGGGUGACGGGGUAAUUUCAAGCAAGAAAUCUGAGGAAGGAGCUGUUUUGAAUACUGAAUUUAGUGAGCCUGACACCAUUCUUAAUACAACUGGUGAGCAUAUUCCAUACAGAAAUAAAAAGGGAUUCAGUAAAGGGAAAAUUCCAUCAGACAAGACAUCAGGUCCAACUGAAACACAACUGAAUGGUUAUGAAAGUGGCUCUGGGAAAUCCCCCAAUACAUGCGAUGGCGUUACUCAGCAAAUGGCAAACUUAAGUAUCUCUGACGUGACUGGACAACAAAGCGCACGCAAUAGUGAAAAGGUGAAUGAAAAUAAACCAGCAUCUGAGAUCUGUCCAAUAUGCCUUGAUGAAAUAUCAGACCCAAAGAUGCUGGACAAAUGUGGACACGUGUUCUGUAGAAUCUGUAUCGAGAACAGUUUUGCCAGUUACAAACCCGUAUGUCCCAGCUGCAACAUGGUGUAUGGCGUCCUGACGGGGAACCAGCCGGAGGGGACCAUGGAUGUCGCCUUCAGCGGGGAGCACCUGCCUGGUUAUGAGACCUGUGGAACAAUUACCAUCACGUACCGCUUCCCUAAUGGGAGACAAGGGCCUGGUCACCCCAACCCAGGACAGUUGUACAAGGGCACCACACGUGUAGCCUACCUGCCAGAUUGCGGAGAAGGAAGAGAUGUUCUCCGCCUCCUGAGGAAGGCGUUUGACAGGAAGUUAACCUUUACCGUCGGUCGUUCUACAACUACCGGUCAAGAGAAUGUCGUAACGUGGAACGACAUCCACCAUAAGACGAACAUGGAAGGUGGACCUACGAGAUUCGGCUACCCUGACGAAACCUACUUGACCCGAGUGAAGGAAGAACUGGCCAGCAAGGGAGUGACUGGAAGCAGUUAGAAGCAGACAGGAAUGUCCCUGUGAUAUUGUAGCAUCAAAAUAUGUGUAUACUUACUGAUGGUAGAACGUACCGAAGCAAUGACAUCAAGUGCAGGAUAAUGCAGGUCCCUGGCUGUGUUCGUUCAGUUUGCUUAAUUUUUCAACGGUGUUCAUUUCAUUUGUCUUCUUUUGCUCCAUUAAGUAUGAGAUUACGAUAAAGACAAAGACAAGUGUGAACUCAUUCUUGCGUUUCUUACGUGUUUCUCUCUGUGAUAUGGUUGGAAUGGUUGGAAUGUAUCUUAUAGGGGCGAAAUCACAUAUUUGCCCAAGUCUUUCUUGAACGCCAUGCUUCUCGUUCAUGACUUUAGAGAUCUUGGUGAAUAAACAAGGGAGACUCCGACUAGCAUAUAAUUAUGUUUAUUUUAUGUUUAGCCACGACUUAUUUAGGAUGUUUUUUAUCUUCUUUUUUUCUAUAUUGCCUUUUUAACCCAAAGAUAAAGAUAUCUUAUCGUUUCUAACCAUGUACAUUAACAAGCUUAAUUAUACACGCUUAUCCUAUGUUUAAUAAACUAUGCAGUCAGACCACUUUAACAUUAUGACAGCCAUGCUCUGGACGUCAACACCGCCCUGUUUACCAUGUUGUCACAUGUAUACCACUGAAAGGACGUUAGGGACCAUCGAUUCUUUCCUUUUACUAUUGUGAAUAUGUCAUGGCAUGGCGGAUGAAAAGAAUCGUGUUGUCCUUUAGUUCUUUUGAGUAGUAUGUAUGAAUGUCAGCCACAAUGUAGCUAGCUACACGAUGAAACCAGACACAGGGAUCCACUAUUGCAUCCUGUAUGUUUUUAUUGUCACCAGGGAAAUAUUACGGAUAAACAGGAUUUGUUAUUAACGAAUGAUGGGUACCAAACACUGUAGAUGUGUCAAUGUGAGGUUACCGGGCUGUGGGUCUUCAGUGUACAUAUUGUAACAUGUCCUAGUUUCACUGCCACACGCGCGGUUAGCUAUGCCUUGUUGGUAACCACCUCCACCCCAAACCCGCAGUGGCUAGAGCGUGUGCCCGGAGAACGCAGGGUCAGUAGUGCGAUGCCCUGAAACGCCAUACCGAGAGACGUUACAAAAGAUGGUACUUGUUGUUUCCCUGCCUGGCGCUCGACAAUAAGGGAAUAAAACAACUAGUCGAGUCAGUAUACUGUGUCUGUGUGGGGUAUUCAUGGUAUCUCAGUAUCCAUCGUCAUUAGUCGUUAAACCCCAUUUCCUCAACUCAAAAAGAGCUUUACUGUUAAUUCAGAAUACCUAGGCACUUAACGUGAGGCUGCAGCCUCGAUCCAUUCACAACUUGGGAUAUUUAAUUUUGAUCGUAGAUGCAUCGAUACCCAUGCUGUCAUUUAUAUUUGCAGCCGCGAUCCAUUUAUACCUAUAUUUAAACAUUGAGGGUAAAGCUUAUUUCCAUCGUCGAGCCGUCAAUACAUGUAAUGCACCGAGGCAUUUGACAUGAAGAAUGUUUCUAUCGUCGAACCAUCAAUACCAAGGAAGAAAGUAUAUUUUAUUGUUUAUUACUUGCAGCGUCGAAUCAGUUUGCCGAUUACACUUGAUUUUUGAAAUGUUAUAUUGAGCUUUAGACAAUCACAUCUCAUAUAUUGAAAGUACAACACUGUGUAUUCUAAAUGGUAACUGUUAACGUUAAGAUGCUUGAAUAAAGUUCUGUAUAACCAUU